AUUCAUGUAUUAAUGUUCAAUGAAUUAGCAAUUAUUGUGAACACAAAACACAAGUCAUCUAAACAUUGCUUUUCUUUAAUCAUUUGUCACUGACUUUGUUGUCAUCACCGGUAAAGAUAUGUCUUCAGACAUCACAUACGAUGGCAGUCGACUCCUUAAGAUGGAAGUUGAUUAUAGCAAUACCGUCGAUGAGAAGAUACCAGUUUGUGAACGAUUAGCUAAAGAGGGAAAACUUAGUGAAGCGUUGGACAUAUUAUUGUCACUCGAGAAGCAAACCCGAACCGGAUCAGACACUCACUCGACGAGCCGAGUAUUGGUCGCAAUCGUUAAGCUUUGUUUUGAGGCCAAAAACUUUAAGGCGUUGAAUGAAAACAUCGUUUUGUUAACUAAAAGGAGGUCUCAAAUAAAGCAAUCGAUAACCAAAAUGAUUGAAGAGUCCUGUAGUUAUGUGGAUCUAAUUGACGACAAAGCAGUUCAACUCGAGUUUAUCGAUACGUUGAGGACAGUAACAGCCGGAAAGAUAUAUGUUGAGGUAGAGAGGGCUCGACUGACACUAAAGUUGGCGCUAAUGAAGGAAAAAGAGGAAAAAAUAGAAGAAGCGGCAGAUAUUCUUCAGGAACUUCAAGUGGAAACAUUUGGUUCAAUGGAUAAGAAGGAGAAAGUGGAACUUAUUUUAGAACAAAUGCGUUUCUGUUUGGCGAAGAAGGACUUUGUCAGGACUCAAAUUAUCAGUAAAAAGAUUCAAACGAAGUAUUUCGAAGAUCCUGAAGUCCAGGACUUGAAGUUCAAAUACUACAAUCUUAUGAUCCAAUUGGAUCAGUCCGAGGGCUCGUAUUUAGCCAUUUGUAAACAUUAUUUGGCAUUAUUUAACUCACCAUCGGUUCAAUCGGAUGUCAAUAAACGAACCAAUAUAUUGAAGAAUUGUGUGAUUUAUAUAAUAUUAGCGCCGUUUGAUAACCAACAGAGCGAUCUCAUCAAUAGAGUUAAAGGGGAAAAGGCUUUGCAGGAUAUCACUCGUUAUAAUGAACUCAUUAAGAUGUUCACCAAUUGGGAACUAAUCAAUUGGCGCUCAAUUGAGGUGUCAUUGCAACAGCUUUUACGUGUUGGUGGACCAGAUCUUGAGUUACAACCAACCGGUGCUUUUGAUGCCUCUGAAAGCGGAAACAAGAGAUGGAAUGACCUCAAGAAUAGAGUUGUUGAAUAUAAUAUCAGAGUUAUGGCUAAAUAUUACAGUCGUUUACGACUUCAACGAAUGUCAGAACUUUUAGGACUUAAUCUUAAGGAAACGGAAGAAGCGUUAAGUGUUCUGGUAGUGAAUAAAACCAUUUGGGCUAAAGUCGACCGAUCCUCAGCUGUCGUAAACUUUUCUCAACAAAAAGAUCCGAAUCAAGUGCUUAACGACUGGUCCAAAGACAUCAACUCAUUGAUGCAAUUGGUUUGUAAGACUAAUCAUCUGAUUAAUAAAGAAGAGAUGAUUCAUCAAAACUACAGUCCAUCACAAGUCGAGGCAAACAAUUGAUUGAUUCAAUGCUUUUAUAAUACAAAUAUAAUUUUGUUUUUUUCUAAACUAUCCAUCGGUUAUUAGUUUCUUAACAAAUAAAUACUAUAAUA